AUGUCGGGAGAUGCAGCAGCCGUAGGGAGUGAGAGGCGCCGCAAAUCUCUCAUCCUUAAUGCAUUCGUUGAGAUGUGUAGCGGCCAUCAAUCGCCGGGCCUCUGGCAACACCCCGAGGAUGAAUCUCAUCGGUUCAAUGAUGUCGAGCACUGGACGGAGCUCGCGCAACUGCUGGAAUCAGCCAAGUUCCAUGGCAUUUUCAUUGCAGAUGUUCUCGGUGGCUAUGAUGUCUAUAAGGGACCGCGGAACCUGGACCCGGCCGUGGUCUCAGGCGCCCAAUGGCCCGUCAAUGAACCUCUUGCUAUUGUUCCGGCCAUGGCUGCAGUGACCAAGAAUAUUGGAUUCGGUGUCACUGUCACAACAACAUACGAACAGCCUUAUCAUCUUGCGAGGCGCCUGUCGACAGUCGAUCAUCUGACCAAGGGUCGCCUCGGGUGGAAUGUUGUAACGGGGUAUCUGGACUCAGCUGCACGGAACAUGGGCCAGGCCGAGCAGCCACACCACGAUGAUAGAUACGCCGUGGCCGAAGAGUACAUCAAAGUGACCUACAAGCUAUGGGAAUCGUCCUGGCGCCACGACGCCGUCGUGCGUGACCGCAAGCGAGGCGUCUACACCGAGCCAGACCGCGUCCGUCAGAUCAAUCACUCAGGAAAAUAUUUUGAUGUUCCCGGUCCCCAUCUCACCCAGCCAAGUCCACAGCGCACACCGGUCAUCCUGCAAGCCGGUACCUCCAAAGCGGGAAAAACAUUUGCCGCUCAGCAUGCAGAAGCGAUUUUCGUCGCCGGUCACAGCCCUUCUGUUGUGGCAAAGAACGUCGCCGAGAUUCGCCAGCUGGCUCGGACCGAGUUUGGAAGGGACCCGCAGAGCAUCAAAUUCCUGGCAUUGCUUUGCCCCGUCCUAGGCCGCACCGAGGAGGAGGCCCAGGAGAAGUUCAAGUAUUAUCGCAGUCUCGGUUCGAUCGACGGUGCCCUGGCGCUCUUUGGAGGAUGGACGGGCAUCGACCUCGACAAGUAUGGCGAUGACGAGGAGCUCCGGCAUGUUGAGAGCAAUGCUAUCCGAUCUGCGGUGGAGGGCUGGUCAAAAGCCACUCCAGAAGUCGCCAAGUGGACCAAGGCCACGGUCGGCCAGCAUAUCACAGUUGGUGGGCUUGGUGCUACGCCGGUUGGCACACCUCAGCAGGUCGCUGACAACAUGGAGAAGUGGAUAAAGGAGGCAGACGUGGAUGGAUUCAACUUGGCUUAUGCUGUUAAGCCGGGCUCUUUCAAAGAUAUCAUUGAUCUUCUCAUUCCUGAACUGCGUAAGAGGGGCCUUUUCUGGGACGACUAUGCGGUGCCAAGGGGCACCUACCGGGAGAACCUGUAUUCACAGCCCGGUCAAUCAGGCCCACGAGCUGAUCACCCAGCCGCGAAGUACCGGUGGCAGAGUGGUGUCAAUGCUGCAGAUCACGCAGUGCCAGAGAACUAA